GUGUGCGACUCUAGGGAGGAUGGUGAGGUAAUAUCCGCAAGAAUGAACCGGGGAAAGUUGUUUCCUGAACUCUUGGUGCAGUUUUGUUGAAGGCCGGACCUGCUGCACUUCACACAGGAAAAGGAAGACGGAUGUGGGCGAAGAGAAUAAUAACGAAACGAAAGGAAAAUAUCGAGACAAAUGCCGUGAAACCAUGGAAGUGUCGGACACGACAGCAUCGCGCAUUGAGGAGCACAAUGUAGAAGCUGAAGAAGACCUGCAGGCGCAGCUAAUCGAGUGUCGAGCUCAGCUGGAGCACUGGCAGGGUGUGGCGAAGAUCUGUGAGCUUGGCAAACAGGAGGAGCUGCAGGAACUGCAAAAUCAAUGCGACCAGGAGAUUCAGUCCUUGCAGGAGGCUCUGAGAGAAACGGUUGCUCAGUAUGACGCUAGAAUAUCUGUUCUGCAGUCAGAACGAGCACAGUGGAGGAGAGCUGCUUUGCCCAAGGAGACUAAGGUGAUCUCUAAAAAAGGCAAGGUGGAGAGUACCUGUCCUCCACAGGGUGGUUCCCCUCCCCUGCGAGCUGCUGAUCAUGAGGGCUCAGGGUCAGACUCUGAUCCACUGGAGCUGUCAGGAGAGAAUUCAGACCCAGAGACAACAGGCCUUAUGAUGGACUACUUUCCCCAGCACUGUGACUCUGCCUCCCUGUCUUCUUUCUCUCUGGACACACCCUCUUUGCCCCGACAUCCGCCCCCUCAAGAGGACACCGCCUCCCUGGUGUCCACAGGAACACUGGUGCCUGAAGCGAUCUACCUGCCACCGCCGGGGCACAGACUGGUCACACAUGCAGACUGGGACAAAUUGCAAGCACAACUUGUAGAGCUUCAAGAGGAGGUGACCGAGCUUCAAGAGCAGAAAGCUGAGCUGGAGAAAGAACUGGAUGUGCAAAGCACAGAGACACAAAAACAGUUAUCAGUGCUUCAGUCUCAGGUGCAAACAUCUGAGACCCUUCUUCAAGACCUACAGAAAUCUUUUAGCCAGUCACAAAAUGCCGUUCAGAGCAGAUUGGCAGAGCUGUCUUACUCUCAGAAGAGAGUUUGUAAUGAGCUCUCCAAGCUGAAAGGUGAAGACACUGAUGUGGAUGAAAAUAGCCUUCCACCCCACAGUCCAACACUAGAGGCAGCUCACUGUGAGGAGAGGCUUCGUAUUGAAAUAGUCAACCUACAGGAACAGCUGGAGACACGCACUGAGGAGAGCGAAGUUUUAGAAGUGAAGCUUGCCAGCCUGACAGUAGAGACAGACCGCGUACAGAUCCAAAAGGAAAAGUUGGAGGCUGAGCUGCAGGAGUGUCGUGUGGAGGUGCAGGGUCUGCGAGUGGCCCUUUCUCACCUUCAGAAGGAGAACAAAUCUCACAUCCAGGAGAAGGCAGCAUUACAGCAGCAGUGUUUAGAGUGUCGCAGUCAGGUGAUCCGUCUGCGCUCUCAACUAGACACUAGUCAAGCCGUGCAGAAGGAUUUUGUGCAGCUGUCGCAGUCCCUGCAGGUGAAAUUGGAACAGAUUCGCCAAGCAGAAUCUUUGAACCAAGUGAAGCACAUUCUAGGGGAGGAGAUCGAAGACACUGAUUUACCUGCUGAUGCCACAUGAAACUGUAUAAGAAUAGGUGACAUUUUGGCCAAACAAAGGGAAGAGACUCUGGUGGGCAAGGAGGUGGUCCUCAGAAAGGGCCAAGCUGAGGUGGGCUGCCUACAUUAAAAAAAAAAAAAAGCCUACAGUGACAUGAACGAAUCGGCCACUCCUGCACUCAUGGGUUCACACUUCUUCUAAUGAACUCAAACAAUAUGGGGAAAACAUGAUACCUUUUUAAUCUGGACAAACUGGAAUUGCUAACUUGAAUUUUGUGAAAAGCUAAUACACUGACUACUAGCUGUACUAGACUUAGUGCUACUGCAGUGUAAGUUUUAUCUCCCCGACCUAAUCCUUUUUUCCUAAUAGACACCGAUGGAUAUAUAUAUAUAUUACUUAUUUUCAGCAUCUGUCACCAGCAAAAUAAAAACCAAAAAACAUACUGGGGGCAGUUGUAACUUUAUAAUAUAUUUUUUUCCCUAUAUAACCCAGACUACUACAGAUCUACCUUCUAUCGCUAUAAGAAAAAAUUAUAUGUGCCAAAGUAACAAUAUCAUUAAUAAACAUAAAAUGAGAAGGACUGUCAUAAUAUUUAAUAUUAUUCCAUAUAAUGUAUUUUUUGCCUUUAUAUGGUACUAAUUAUUUUAGCUGUCUUAAUGUUUUAAAGUGAAAAAUUAAAUGGUAAAUGCAUUAUAAUUGUUUGAACUGAGAUGCAACCUUUUUACGACACUAUAUUAAUAAGUUAAGUGUAAUUAGUUGUUGACUAGAUGCUAGUCUUACAAUAUAUUAGUGUUUUAAAAAUUAAAUCUUCAAAUUCAUAUCAUUUUUAUUCAGAAGUAGUUACAAUUGCCCCCAGCUUCCCAGCCAUGAUGAAAUCGUUUAUGAUCUCCACCAGCGAUAGUGUUAGCAUAUUCCUUUAAGAGAUAACAUAAAUAUUACUUGAAAUUAAUUGCAUUAAAGCCUUAGACAACCUAAGAAAAUAUUACACCUUUAAAUUUUUUUGUACCUGUUUUUUUUUUUUUUUUUGGAACUUUAUUUCAAAGUGAAACAUUCAUAUUUACUGUUCUCAGACAGAUAGAGAAGUUAUAUUGAAAAGAUGCCAUCACUUUAACCUGAAUAAAGUUUGUGUGUAUUAGUUGCCCCCUGCUAUAAUACUACCUACCCUAGUAUAAUUAUUUGUGCAUUCAAUUUAUGGCCAAAGUCACUUUAAUGGAAAGAGCCAACAUUUCAUUAUGAAGUAUCUGGUGCCUGAGCCAAUGAACAGAGGAGUGAUGAGAUGAUAAAACACUAAAUCUAACUUUGAAUGGAGCUAAUAAAUGUUCAUUCAUAUAAAUGUAACACAUGUUAGUAACAAAUCUGAGUGCAUUACAUGUGUAUAAAAGAAAUAAAGAUUCAACUAAAAGACAGUAACAGACGAUA